AUGGAGAGGCAGUCUUCAGGAGUCAGCACCAGGGCUGAGGACAUCAAGACUAAAAUCAAGAACUACGAAACUGUCCUCUUUGACAGCCAUUUCCCAAACCAGAACCAGACCAGGCACUGCUGGCUGAACUAUCUGGACUUCCACCACUGCGAGAAGGCAAUGACCGCGGGGGGGGGUGAUGUCUCCUUAUGUGAGUGGUACCAGCAUGUAUACAAGUCCCUCUGCCCCGUACCGUGGGUCUCAGCUUGGGAUGAUGGCAGAGCAGAAGGCACAUUUUCUGGGAAGAUCUGGCCUGGCUCCACCCUCCUCUCUUCUGUUCACUGUCCUCUCCUCAUUCAGUAA